AUGAGAAGAUCGUCAUCCAGAAAUCUGAAGAAGAUACUCGCUAGGGUUCCUGUUAAAGACUUGACGCGGUUUGUGUCUGCAAAAGUUGGCGGUCGUUGUUCCAAGACGAGAGGUUUAUCAGACAGCACAGGACCUCAUGCCCCAACGAGGAUUGUGUCGUUCCGUAAAUGGAAUACUCGACCUUGUCUCCUUUCUUAUUCAUCAAGUGGGAAGCCAGAGGUGAUAGUCGAAGAGAUUAGCUUGAACAUCGGAGAUGAACACGACCUUCUCAACGCUAAUCCGAUUGGUCAAUGCCAUGGACUCUUUUGCUUAGAUCUUGAUGAGGAUGAUGCUUUUGGUGUUUGGAACCCUUCACUGAGAGAAUUGAGAAGAAUAGAAAUAGAGGGUCUCAAUGACUACGGUGAGAUGGGUUUUGGCUAUGACCACUCCUCUCAAGAUUAUAAGAUUGUGUUUGUUCUUGAGACGCAAGGAAGCGACUCGAAAGCACUAGUGCUGUCUUUAAAGUCUGGUGUGUCUCGGAUGAUUGAUUUCCCGCGUUUAGAAAACGUUGUCAUGUCCCACAUGAGAGAACCUGGAACCCUAGUUGGUGAAAAUAUCUACUGGCAGGUCUAUGGGGAUGGUGGAAAAGCAACUGAGACGUUUUUGAGGUUUGAUUUGGUGUCGGAUACGUUUAGUUACUGCAAAGGUCCAAGUAACUGUGGUGAAGAUGUUCUUCCUCAUAUUACAGCGGGUUUGAGAGGAGGAGGUCUAUGUACAGUACAGGUUAGUCCCUGUGGUGAUAUCAUCGUUUGGUCUGCUCAACAUGAAAAGGACAAGAUUGGUGGUGGUGGUAUCAAAUCUUGGAGCAAGAUUUGUAGUCUCUCGCGGGCGGUUCUUGAACGCGCGGUUAGUCGUGGUAUCGAUUAUAUUUGUCUAAGGUCUGCGGUAGCUUAUGCGGGAUUGCUAUUAUUAUUAGUAAGUAUUGAAGGAAAAGAAGCAAAGUUGCUUGCGUACAACUUCGAGGAUAAAAGUUUGACGUGUGUUGAGACAAAUUUGCCCAUCGAUAGCUGUGGUGAUCUUCAGACGUAUGUUGAAACCCUUGUCCCUAUUCCUAACGCUUCUUGUUAG